GCAAUCUCUGUCACUCCCCUCACCUUAUCCACCAUCCAUUCAGAACACGGCAUAUGCUCUUCCAUGGAUCCUCUCCUUUUCUCCUCCACCCAGAAAAUCAACACGCAUUCCAUUUUUGUCUACACCCUUUAAGACACAAUCACUGGCACAAGAAAAGAAGCCAUAUAAAACACACAACUUGAGCAAUGGCUUGUGCAGCCGCGAGAGCCACUCUGUCCUUCCACCUUCCACAACUUUCCCCUCCAAAAUCCAGAACCCAUUUCUCGAAGCUAUCAUUCCUCUCCAUUCAUAAACCUCAAAAGACUCAUCUUUUCUCUCUACACUCCAUUGAUGUCUCCAGAGAGGACAAGACGCCAACUUUAUCAGAUUCAACCCAAACCAAUCCACCAACAGAGUCUCCUCCCGGAGAAGAAGAAGAAGAGCCACAGUUCGAUAAGAGAAGGUUGGAAGAGAAGUUUGCAGUUUUAAACACUGGGAUUUAUGAGUGUAGGUCUUGUGGCUACAAAUAUGAUGAGGCAGUUGGUGACCCAUCAUAUCCAAUACCGCCAGGGUUUCAGUUUGACAAGCUACCUGAUGAUUGGAGGUGUCCAACUUGUGGGGCUGCAAAGAGUUUCUUUGAGAGUAAAAGUGUGGAGAUUGCUGGGUUUGCACAGAACCAGCAGUAUGGAUUAGGAGGCAAUGCACUUACUUCUGGUCAAAAGGCUGUUCUAAUAUUUGGGACCUUGUUCUUCUUCUUUGUUUUGUUCUUGUCAGGGUAUUUUCUGCAAUAGUAAAUGGUGAGGGUUUUUUUUACAUGUUAUGCUGUAUUAUAUGUAUUUGAAGUUCAUUUGGAACAAAAUGUUUGCAAACAGAGUAAUAAUUCAGAAAUGGACUUGAGAGCUACACGAACAUCAGAAUUUAAAUGGACUUCUAAGUGUUCUGAGUCGAA